GCGUACGGGUUCCGCCCUUGCCCACAACGGCUGUUUUCGAGCGGACGGCUACGGGCAGGGCAGCUGCACCUCCUUACCCUCUCGAAGUCAGAACAUGAACCGCAAAGCGGCGAUCAAGCACACGGUCAGACAGACGAUGGCUAUGGCGGCCAAACAAAGGAGCAUGCAAAGGACGACGACGACCCCCGCGAUGGCUUGGCCGACCACUGACCGGCGACUGCUGUCGGGCACGCACGAAACGAUGAUCACCACCGGUCGUUGUGUCGCAGCGCAGUCCGUGCACUCGCGGACCGUGCGCUGCCUCGCAGGGACUGCUUCCCCGCUGCUCGUCACAAGGAUGGUAUGCCGAUCUUUGGAGAUGGCGAAGGGGAACCGAGAUGCAGUGUCACCAACACCAUCUACCACCGACAGCAUCUGCCGAGGAGGACGUGAUGGCAGCGCGGGGACGGUGUUGGGUCGUAAAGCCGGCAAGACGUUCGUCGGGCAGUGCGAUUUCAGAAAUGGUAAGGUCGACACCUUGGAAGCACACACCGGAGGAACGGAGAAUCGACGGACGAACAUGAGCGGCUGUGCUAUGGCAUCUGUCCUUCCCCGGAGCAUGAAGGACUUGCAUUGCCUCUGCGCAGCCACUCGCCCGUUCAUACCCGGUGGUACACACCGCCGGAGGCCAUGGACGUCGAGGCAGUCAGCGAUGCUUCGACGAAACACGCUGGCGAUGGAACGCAUGGCAGCGGAUGGAGGAGGCAGUCCGCGAGACUUGGGGGACCAGGAUUCUCACCCCGCUGUGCACACAGGCGGCAAGGGACGUCCGCUGUCUGCACAGCAUGCGAAUUGGACCACAGCCUGCUUGACGCCCAUCCUCGUACAAUCGGCAGUUUUCGAAUUCGAAUUCGAAUUCGAAAAACCGGCGGCCCUCACCGCCCCUCCACCACUCGCCCUGGCGGGGAGUCGUUUGUGGGUGACAACAGGAAGUCCGUCUACCGACUGCAAGGACCACGGGACGUGCCGCCACGACACCACGAUACGAAUGUGAAAACACGGAACUCCACUUUUCCGAACAACCUUUCCGAUGCGGUGGGGUCUCCGAAAACAGCCGGAAACUCCCACAA